AUGGCGGCCGGCUUACUAGAAGAAAGUUUAUGGUCGUUGCACAAGAGUUUGGGAGCUUCUGGUGAAUCUGAAAGAGAUCAAGCUGAAACUGUUGUAGGGAACAUAACACAAAUAUGCUUACACGAGAUUUCUUUGAAAGAUAUAGAUUAUUGUUGUUCGGUUUUGUUUGAUAAAGAAAUUGGAAUAUUGGCUUAUCUACAGAAGAUAUCAAAGAAAAAUGAGUAUCAAGGUUCUGGUACUAAAUAUGGAUUAUUGGAAUUUUUGUCUGGUUUUAUACACAAAGUGGAUAAAAAGAUUAUCCCCUAUGCAGUUGAAAUCAAGGAAGUGUGCAUACUCAAUUAUUCCACUGAUAGAUUUGCAAAGAUAAGAAAUGCUGCCUUACCUGUUCUUAUCAAGAUACUAGAACUGAGUGUUGGAACAGACUUGGGAGAAGAUUUGCAGAUAAAAAAAUUGAUUGAUAAAUUUUUUAUGGAAUUAACAAAGGGUUCAAAACUUACAGCCUCGGUAAAAGGCAGUAUUUACUAUCUGUUAGGUGUAAUAGCAGAAGUUUACCCAGAACAUAUGAUGACAUAUUCUAGUCGUUUACUUGAUAUAUAUAAAUCAGCAUUAAAACAAGAGAUGAUGGCCAAAACAAAAAAACCUGAACUGACAGUAAUCAGUGGAUGUUUAAGUGGAUUAACAGCUUAUCUGAUAAACUUUACUCAAAGCUCAGAAGAUGGUUCAUGUUACGACAUAUACAAGUAUGCUAAAAUGGCAAUAGACCCCUCUGUUAACUUGUCUCGUUAUGAAGUACCUAAAGCAGGUUUAAUUUUAUUUUCAAAGCAUGCCAGCCAGUUAAGAGAAUUCUUUAUUGAUGAUUAUCAGGUAAUGUAUGAAAGAUUAUGCCAUUGGAGUCAUCAUCGUAAUAGAGAGGUACUGAAUAUAGGCAUGUCUGCAAUGGAGGCUUUUCUAAAAGAGAUUUCUGAGAUGCUUGUCCAAAAAUCUGGAGAAGGUCUGAUUAGAGGAGCUGUAUUUAAGUUUUUCAUGCAACAGUUUAGAAGUAUAAUGAAUUCUAGUGAAGCUAACAGUAAAGAGAUAUCUUUAGCUAUACGAGGUUAUGGACUUCUGGCAGCUCCAUGUAAGAGUUUUCUAAAAGCCAAUGAUGUUCAAUUUAUGUUCAGUGAGAUGAUAACUAAAUGUGAACAACAAUUCUUUGGAAAUACAGAAGACUUACAGGAUAAAUUGCAUAGUUUACAUAGUUACCUUGAGGCAUUGGCCAAUAUAAUCAACGAAGUCAAUGAGGUUUCAGACACAUUUGCAUCUAUUGUCGAACAUCUUUUGGUUUUACAACUUGAGAAUAUACCAUCUAUAAAUGAGAAAAUACAUUAUAGCUGUAUUAGAUCUGUUAUACAUGUAUUACUCUCUUUAAUGACUAAAGGUUCAACAUUUCAUCAAGUAUUAUCUGGAGUUGUGUAUCAGGGUGUAAUCAGAACAUGCUCUCAUCCUAUUGUAUUAGAAACUGAACAAACAGAGGAAGAUUUGACAGCAGUUGAUACAUUUAAAGAAAAAAACAUUUCAUAUAGAAAUUAUCUGGAUGUUUGGACUCAUUUAUUAGAAAGUGCUAAAAUCAAGGAUUUGAGUACUCUGGGUAUUUCUAUUGAGGAAAGAACACAAUUAACUGAUGCUGUAUAUAAUGAACUAAUGACCGCCAUUUUAAAAGUGCUGAAUAAGUUAGAUCUGACAUCAACAUCAUCUACAGAACUUACAGAACAGGUAGAUGGUGCAAGUACAAGUGCUGAUGUUUCUAUGGAAACUGAUGAUGUGUCUGCUGAUCCGACCGUUGGUGUUCAAGCCACUAAACCUAAAGAUUUUCAAGUUUUUAUCAAUUUAGUUGAUUUCUGCAGAGAUCUAUUACCAACCAAAUGUACAGAACUUUUUGAAAAAUGGAUAUUUACAUUUAGUCAUAAUAUUAUUCUACUAUCCACCAAAAAUCCUUUAGUUAGUGGAUUUUAUAAAUUUCUUGCUAUGUGUAUGAAGAUAUCCAACAAACUCUCAUAUUUCCAGAGUGUUGCACCAAUAUCUCCAUCAAAAUCUCAUGUUGCUAUGGAAACUGAAGACUCAAGUGAAAAUGAAAAACAAAAAGCUGUCUGCUAUUUACUUGUAAAGAAAUUUUCUAAAGAGGUUUUAGUUCGUAUGAAACAAUAUCAAGAUGAUUUAUUAGCAGCAUGUUUAACAUUUGUAUUAUCAUUACCUAAAGAGAUCAUAACAGAACAAAUGAUAGAAGUUAUACCUGCAGUACAGGUUGCACUGUCAUUGGGUUUAAGUUAUCUACCAUUAGCUGGCAUAGCUAUUGAUGCUCUAGAGUACUGGUGUCAUAAUCUGCCUCAUCAUAUAAUACAUCCAUAUUAUUCAGCUAUAUUACCAUACUUAGAUAAUUAUAUUAAAACAGUUGAUAAAGGUGCAGAAGAAAUUAAAGUGGAAAGUACUGUUAGUACUGGUAAAGGGAAGAAGAAACUUCCUAUCCGUUUGAUACGAAAGCAAAAAAUUGAAUCAGAAAAGAGCUAUGAAUCAAAAUUAGCAGUUGUAAAACAAAGAGUUGUGCAAUAUCUUGGAUCACUAGGUGGCAGUGUAAAUUAUGCCUUGUUAGCUAAUUCUGAAGAAGAAAUAAGUAAACAAGCCAUAGCCUGGGAUACUAAUAAACAUCUUCGAUUUGAUAUUCCGUUUAUAGAUAUGAAACCUAUUAUAUACUUUGAUCCAUUCUUACCCCAUGUUGUGGAAUUAGCAAUGAAAUCAAGUGACAGACAGACGAAAGUUGCAGCUUGUGAAUUAUUACAUUCAUUGAUUUUAUAUUGUCUUGGGCGUGGUGCACAGCAGCCUGGUGAACAACAGAAACGUUAUCCUAUGGGAGCAAUAUACAAGAAACUAUUUCCUGCAAUGCUACAGUUAGCAUGCGAUGUAGAAUUGGUAUCCAAGCAACUAUUUGAACCAUUAACAAUGCAGAUCAUUCAUUGGUUUACUAACAACAAAAUGGCUGAAAGUAUGGAAACUAUGGCUCUACUUGACACAAUAUUUGACAGUAUUAUACAAUCAUCAGAUACAGCUUUAAGAGAUUUCAGCGCUAAGUGUUUAAGAGAAUUUCUCAAAUGGUCAUUAAAACAAUCUUCUGUAAAGGCAACUGAAAAGAGUCCUGUUAAUACUAGUUCGAUGUUGAAGAGAAUAUUUAGUUUUGCAUUACAUCCAAGUGCCUUUAAACGUUUAGGAGCAGCUCUUGCCUUCAACAAUAUAUACCAGAUAUUCAGAGAAGAAAAGAGUUUGGUGGAUCGCUACAUUUUCCAGAUUUUAGUACAUUUUGUGGAAAGUCUCAGCUUAGCUCACCAAGAUGAGAAAUCACUGGGAACACAAGAACAGUGUGUUGCAGUUUUAGACCAUUUACAAAGAAUCAUCAUUUUCCAUGCUGACUUGUUGUCUAAACAAAGUAAACUUAGACCAGAACCUAGAGAAUGGAGUAGUAAGACAUUAGAUAUUGCUGUUAGAUGGUUAUCAAGACAAUGUGGACGACCUCAAACUGAAUGUAGACAUGCUUGUAUGAAAUUAGUUUAUCAGUUAUGUACACAUGUGCAAGGAAUUAAAGCAACAAAAGAUUAUUUUGGUACAUUUUUAAAAACUGGUGGUGCACCUCACUUUAUUUCAAGGUUUGAAGGUGGUGGAACGGCUACACAUGGUAAAAGUGGUAUUUCAGCAUGUCCUACCAUGAUUAAAGUAUCAGAAGUCUUCUCACUUACGUCAGCUCUAAACUGGUUUGAUAUGUUACUAGCUGCAUUAGAUUGUUAUACCUGGGUUUUUGGUGAAGGCCUGUUGACACCAUCAGAUUUAUUAUCAGAGAAGUCAGCUAAUACUUCAAAAGUAUUUGAGAGUUUGAAGUAUUUUUUAAAGUAUGUUGCUUUAAGUGAGAUUGGAGACGCUGCCAAAUUAUUUAAGAAAAAUGUAGACGCAGAUCUUUUUACACCUCUCGAGAUAGAACAAUACAACAGAAAUAAAUGUACAGUUAUUGUGAGAUUAUGGAAUUUUGUUGCUGUUAUUGUUGGAAAAUAUCCGAAAGAAGCUUUCAAGGUGAUACCUAAAGAUAUAUGGAGUGAAGAUUUAUGGGAAUUAUUAAUUAAGUGUGUUGUACAACCUCAAGCUGUAGGUUUUAAUAUGGGGGAUAUAGAAAUUAUAAACAAAUUACCAACAGAGUUAGAACAAGUAUUGAUUAUUUUUAACAGAUAUCUACCUGAGAAUCAUUCUAAAGAUUUAAAAAUAGCUUUGAGGUCACAUCUGCAAGGAGACAGAGAUAUGUUUGGAUUGUUGCCAAUAUCAUUAAAUGAUCCUGGUAUAGCUCACAAUAUAUUACAUCAUCUAGUUAUUGGUUAUAGUUUGUUAAAUAAAACACAUCUAUUACAACAUGUAGUACAAACACAGAAUAAAACACAACUACUCGUCUUUAAUACAGUGUAUAAUAGUGUUUUUGAGAAGACAGGCAGUAAGAAAACAGUUGUGUCAUUAACACCAACAGCCCUUGGCUUGGGACGUUCUUUAUUAGAAUUGUCUUUUCAGUUAGAUUUACCGGCAACUAUAUUAAUAGAAUCGUUAUUAAACCAAGAUGGUAUACAAAAUAAAAGUAUGAAUGUCCAGUUACAACAUGGAGACUUGUUUUUUACCAGAUAUAAGUCAACCAUUUGUCAUUCUAUAGCAGAACAAGCAGAAACCGUUAUCCCUCUGCUAGCCGAUAGAGCAGUUGACAAUGCUAGAAAAAUCAGCAGUUUUCUUGUCGCUACUGUGGAUUAUAUUGCAAGAGACAGGACUCUCAGAAAAAAAGAAGGUGCUAAAGUUGCAUCCAUUAUUUUAUCACAGUGGGAUAAAUUUUCAAUUUGGUGGACCAACAAAGCUUCUGCGGAGUUUCAGAGUCUGGCUAUAGCUUUGCUUACUAAAGUUUUACUUAUUGAUAGUAAGGUAACAUCUCAUACUUUGCAUCCAUCUUUUUCUAUCGUAUUUAAUAUGUAUGAGAUAAUGUUAACAGAUAGUAAAACUAAUCUAGCAUUUAAGAAUCAUGUUUUAGACUUACUGCCAUUCUUUGCCAUGUCACAAGAUACUUACAUAAAGAAAUUAAAAGUUAGCCUUGAUCGUUUGGUGGCUGACAAUUUCCCAUUAAAAAGUUCAGAAUUUACUCAGGGUAGUCCAAAGUAUAAUGAUUAUAUAUCAGCUUUAAAAAAGAUAUUAGUAGCCUUAGAACUGUCUGGUAGUUCCAUGUUGUUAGAAUUACUGAUUAGUAUAUUUUGUCGUGAAAGUAAACAUGCAUAUGAAGAUGAAAUACAAACUGUCAUAGCCAGAUAUACUAGAAGGUUACCACAAGAUAAGCAGAAGUUGGCCCUCGACGUUCCGUAUGCUAUAUUUAUAAAAGAAGGGAGCUUUCCACCAGCUAUUAGAACUGCUGCUAUGGACCGAGUUUGUCUGCCAAUGUUACGUUUAGUUAGGAAAUCAGCACUCUUAGAAUUUUUUCAAGAUCAUAUUAAACAUGUGAUGAUUGAGAUUGAAGCUAAAUUAACCAAGACUUCAGCUGGUCAACUUGAAAAUCAACUUGUUACUAAAAUGGGUUGUUUUCAACUAAUGGAACUUCUGUAUUCAAGAUUGAGUAAAGAUGAAGUGUAUAGUAAAAAUUCUAUAAUAAAUGAAAAAUAUUGUAGCGGCCAUGUUGAAACAGGAAAAGAAAUGACACAAAAAUUAACAAAAUGUGCACAUGAUGCUAGAAGUGAAGAUACUAGAGGAGAAACUAUGUUGGUAGAAUUAAGACGUCUAUAUCAUUGUUCAGCAUAUAAUCUAAUGGUAUCCAUUAUAUCAUGUACCCAAACAGACGUUAAAUUUUAUCAAGGAUUUCUUCUGUCGGAUAAAGAAGAUAAGGGCCAGUUUGUAUUAGAAAAUAUUGUUGAUAAAGACAAGAAAUAUGAAUUUUCAGCUGAAUUAGAGAGUUUAAUGGAAAGAAAGAAGAGAUUUGUAUCUAUAAGAAGUGAAGUGAAGGAAAAAAGAACAGAUGAUAUUGAAGAAUCCAUGUUUUCAUCAUUUAGUCUAACAUCACAGUAUAUGGAUGAUAGUAGUCUUAGUGAUGAUCUCAAUCAGUUUGAUUUUAUGGCAGGAACAGUACAGAUGAUGUCAGGAUCUGUAGAAAAAGAAAGAUUAAAAGGUAGAUCCGAGUUGAUGAGAAAAUCCAGUCAUCCUAAUGAACCUGAGGAUACGGCAACUUUAUCUGGAGAUUACCUGGAACUAGAAAUGGAUGAAUUAAAUAAACAUGAAUGUAUGACACCAAUGAUAGCAUUAUUAAAACAUUUACAUACAACGAUAACACCUCCAGAAAAGGGAUCUAUACCCAAAGAGAUGCCAAAAUGGAUGCAGUUUUUUCACAAGAAAAUGAAAGAUCCUACAACAAACAUUAAUAUAAAACUUUUUAUAGCAAAACUUAUCAUCAAUACUUCAGAGGUAUUUCAGCCAUACACCAAGUUUUGGUUGCCAUGUUUAUGUCAGUUAAUAUUUUCUGGUCCAAUGAGUUGUGGUGGUAUAAACUAUUUUAUAACAGAUAUUAUAGUAACAAUGAUGUCCUGGCAUACUAUAUCUAUACCACAGGAUACAUUAGAAGAAAGAGCCAUGGCUUCUCGCUUAGUUCAGUUUCUAAUGGCUAAUAUUUAUCAUACCAAUAGAAGUGUUUACAAGAAUAAUUUAGAGAUGUUAAAAACAUUGUUAGAAUGUUGGAAAGAUCGUAUUGAUAUACCAUACAAAAUUGUAUAUAAUCAUCUGAAAAGUGAAGAGUGUUCUGUUGGUGUUCAGUUAUUAGGUGUCAUAAUUACUUGUAAAUUUCCACCCUAUGGUCCUGAUGCUCCUGUUGAUAGAGAAAAAUUUUUCAUAACAGUGGGAAAUAUUAUCGGAGCCAAAUCUAAACCUGUUUAUACAGCGGCUAGUGAAGUUGUUGGUAUGAUUCUUAAAUAUCUGGCGGAGAAGGAGAAAGAAACAGAGGGAGAAUUUCAUGAUUACUUAGUAAAGCAGAUUUCGUCACUACAGUUUACUAAACCAGAUAAUUUUAUUGUUUGUGUAAAUCGACUUAAUCAUUAUUAUGGAGCUAUAGCUGACAGGUUUCUCAAUAAGAUAUUAUUUAUGUUACCAAGUCUAAGUGGAGAUUUCCGUACUCAGUGUUUAGUUAUCAUCAACAGUCGUAUAGAACAAAUAGACAAUGUUUUUAUGGAACUCAAGUCAAAAGGAUUAAUAUCUUUCUUGACACACAGGAAUGAAGAUACUCAACUAGAAUCAUUAAACAUUAUAACAUCUAUCCGUCAUAAACUAAAAGCCAGUGAGAUGAAUUCUCUAAUGGAAGCCAUUACUGCAUUUACUCAUCAUCCUAGUACACCAUGUCGCAAAAUAAUGUACGAACUUUUGAUGUGGAUAUAUGAUAAUUACAGGGAAGAUGAAUCUGAAGAAAGUCAUGUCAUAAUGCAGAAAACUAAAGAAACAUUGUUAAAGGGUCUUGGUGAUGAUGAUAUACUCUGUAGGUUAUUGGUUCAGAAUUUCUGGAGUAGUGAAACCCGUCUGCCGACAGGAACAUUGGAUAGAAUGAUAGCCAUGUUGAAAGCUAUGUAUUCACCUAGUACAGAACAACAAUAUCUAAGCUAUUCCACCAGCCUUCUACUAGAAAUGACAUCAAAGAGUCCUGAUUAUCAAAGGGAAAUAUUUGAGCAUCCCUUGUCAGAGUGUAAAUUUCAGGAAUUUUCAGUGCGGUCAUCGUGGAAACAAAGACAUGCAGCCAUGACUCCAUUAUUUGCAUCAUCACUGAGUACACAGUCUGAGAGCAUGGAAGGUGUAGAGGAUAGUUUAGAUGGUGGAGUUAGAGCUACUCAAGAUGGUCAACAAUUUACUGCAACAGUGGAUGCUGGUUCUGGAGCACCAUUUAAUUGGUUAACACAGAGUAGUUUGGAUACAUAUGGUGAUUAUAGUACAGUUGGUCAAGAAACACCGUCAUCGUUGUUAUUUAGUGUUGGUAGUACAGAUAGUCAGUCUAUGUCUGCUAGUAGGCGAAGUAGACCAGGUUUUGGGUUAUCAAGAAAACCUACACCUCAAAAACCAGGAAAAACAACUAAAAAUGAAGAAACAGGUAAUGGUCCGGGUAGUGAAAUAUGGAGAUUAAAAAGAAGAUUUUUAAAAGAUCAACAAUCUACUAGUGUUUAUUUUGCUAAGAGACAAAUGAACUUAAACAAAAGAAGAGAGGAACUAAUCAAAGAACAGAGAUCUAGACGAGAGAAUCAAGUUACAAUGUAUAGAAAAUAUAGAAGUGGUGAUUUACCAGAUAUACAGAUCAAAUAUUCUUAUCUUAUAGCACCAUUACAAGCUUUAGCUCAUAGAGAUAGUACGAUUGCCAAGUUGUUAUUUAGUUCUGUGUUUAAAGCCAUCUUUAAGAAAAUGGAUGAAGUUAAGACAGAAAGGGAGAUAGAGGAAACAAUAAGUCAGAUAAAAAAAAGUAUGGAAACAAUAUUUAAUACAACCACCCAAUAUUAUCCUCCAUUUCUGGGUUGUAUCAUGAAUAUAUUAUAUGAACUAAGAUCAAGUAUUCAAGUCAAUCCAUCUAGUUUAAGUACUGGUGCUAUCGUUAGUAAUUUACAACCUUUAGGUAUAACAGUGUUAGAAGAACAACUAAUACAGACAGAUAAUGUUGAUCCAAGACCUACCAAACGUGGUCGGACAACAGCAGGUACACAAGUAUCAUUGGAUGUUAAUCAAUGGAUAGAAAUGGCAAGGUUGUAUAAAUCUGUGAAUCAGUAUGAUGUAUUACAUGGUAUAUUUAGUGGUAAAAUAGAUACUAAAUCUAUAACACAAGAAGCUAUGAUAGCUGAAGCUAAAGGAGAUUAUCAAACAGCUAAUAAAUUAUAUGAUGAGGCCCUAUCAAAGGAAGAUUGGGAUGAUGGAGAUCCACUCCCAGCAGAAGUAGAUCUUUGGGAUGAUAGCAGAAUGGAGUGUCUGGAUCAUUUAACACAGUGGACAGAUCUUGAAGCUGUAUCAGUAGCAGGUGUAGAUAACUCUACCCCACCAGAAUUAAAUAAAGUUUGGGAUGAUACAUUUUGUCAGGAACAUUUUUUACCUUAUUUAAUACGUAGUAAGUUAAAACUGAUGUUACAGAGUCAAGAUGAACAGUCAUUAUUAACAUUUGUUGAUAAAGCCAUGCAAAAUCUAGAACAUAGAGCUGUCUUAGAGAGUCGAUAUAGCAUGGAGUUAGCAUUGAUGUAUCUAUGGCAAGAAGACUAUGAUAGAGCCAGACAUUAUGCCGGUAUUGCAUCACAGAAAUUUUUACAGGAAUGGAGUAGUACUGAUAGUUUAAUGAUAACAAGUAGAACAUCACAGUUACAACAACUACAACCUCUUGUUGAAUUACAGGAAUUUCUACAAUUUAUGGCUAAAGAUAGUAAUAUAACAAAUACUAAUGCUAAUCAACUGAUAAGAACCUGGGAAACAAGACAACCACAUCAAUUACUUGAUCCUGUUACAAUCUGGGAUGAUGUUAUUACAAACAGAAAUGUGUAUUUAGAUCAUAUUUGUCAUCGACUCAAUACUAAAAACAGAGAUUCACAAGAAGAUGAUGAGGGGGAUCUUUUUGAAGAAUCUAAACUCAGUUUAAAAUUAGCGAUGGCACAAAGUUGUAAAGAACAAAACAACUUUGCUUUAACAUUAAGAAUACUGAAGAAAACUAACACUAUGUGUAAAACAAUAGGUAAUGAACAGUUAAAUAUAGAAUGGAGUCAGUUGUAUGCUAGUACUCACCAUAAAAAAGCAAUUUGUUCAGAAUGGUCAGAAGAUACUAUUAACAGUGUUUUAACUACCAUAGAUCAGUUAGGUAAAUACAAGGACUGUGAUGCACUUUCCCAGAAACCUGAUUUGUGCAGACGACAUCAUGUACUAACUGGAAUAUCUCAUGGAAUAUUAGCUGAAGCCUGUCUGACUGCAAAUCCUUCUGAAAACUUAUCAGGAAAAACACAAGAAAAACUUUUGCAGCUUUCAAAAAUAAAAAAACUCAACCAGACAGAGGUUGUUAGUAGUUUGAUUGAGAAAGGUUAUCAAGCAUUACGAGCAGCUGUAUCUGAUGGUAUUGUUACUAGGUCUAGAUCAGAAUCAUUUACACAGGCAGAUGCUCAAAUGGCUUUAUGCAAAUUCUGUGAUAGGUUCUUAAGAACUAAGGAAGAAGAUGAAGAGCAUAUUGACAGUAAAAUAUUAGAAUCCUAUCCUGAAACUAUAAUAGUAUGUUUAUUAAAAGCAAUGAAAUUAGGUUCGAAAGAAGCUAUUGAAAGAUUUCCACGAUUAUUACAAUUGGUGGAACUUUAUCCAGAUACAAUGGCUGCUUUUGUUAACAAGGCUAGUGAGGUACCUAGUUGGAUGUUUUUAUUAUGGAUCAGUCAGAUGAUGGCAUUAAUGGAUAAAGUAGAAGCACCAGCUGUACAACCUAUAUUAUUACAAUUAGCUACAGACUAUCCACAGGCAGUUGUUUAUCCAUUCCGAAUUAGUUGCGAAGGUUUUGAAUUUGAUAAUUCUACUCAAGGCAAGAAAAAUAAACAGUCUGUUGAGAAGCUGGCAUCUCUUCUAACCGAAGAAAGAGUACCAUUAGUGAGUAAAUUUAUCAGUGCCCUGGAUCAGUUUGCACAACCAGAGAUGCUUUUCAAGGAUUGGACAGAUGAUAUUAAGAAAAUGUUGAUGAGUAAAACUAAAGCUAAAGAUAAAAUAAUGGAGAAAUAUAAAGAGAUAUAUAAUAUACUAAUAGACUAUAAAGAUGUACCAGAGGUAUCUAGUUCACAGAUGUCCUUUAUAUCUCAAUCAACUACUGUAGGCAUGGGAGAUUACCGCAGAAAAUUUGCUGAGAUUUUUAAGAAAGAUUUUAUAAGUACAUUUGGAAAGAAUGGUGAGAAAUUAGUUAAUAUGACAGCAAAGGAAUUUCAGAUUCAAUUCAUACGUUUAAAUGGUGAAUUUGAUAAACAUAAGAAACCUCGAGGUAAAUUGAUACCGCCAACAUCUUUACGUGAAUAUUGUCAAUGGUUGGCGGAUUUUAAUCCUAAUAGAGACAGUAGAGAACUAGAAAUACCAGGUCAAUAUGAUGGAUUAGCUAAACCGUUACCAGAAUAUCAUAUCCGAGUAGCUGGUUUUGAUGAAAGGGUAUUGGUUAUGUCCUCUUUACGAAAACCCAAAAGAAUAACAGUACGAGGAAAUGAUGAGAAAGAUUACCAUUAUCUAGUUAAAGGUGGUGAAGAUUUACGUCAAGAUGCAAGAAUAGAACAACUUUUUGUUAUCAUGAAUAAAGUCUUCAGUAAAGAUCCAGCCUGUAGACAUAGAAAGUUAACAUUAAAAACUUAUCAAGUUAUUCCUAUGACACCAAGGGUUGGAUUGAUUGAAUGGAUGAAUAAUACUAUACCUCUAAAAGAUUUUGUACUAAAUGCUUUGACUGAACAAGAACGUAAAUAUGUCAUGGGAGAACAAGGUCCUAUGAAGCAACAUGAAAAAUGGGCAUAUAGAUAUUGGGAUGACAAGAAGAAAAGUAUUGCUGGAAUGUAUUCAAAAAUUUACACGAAUUAUAGCAGAGCUGAUAGUAUAAAAGAACAAAGAUUGAAAGAAAAUAAAGUACCAUGGGAUCUUUUUAGGAGAGCUUUUCAUCAAAUGAGCACAUCUCCUGAAGCUUUCCAUGUAUUACGAUGUGAAUUGAUUGUCACCCACGCUGUUAUAUGUAUUUGUCAAUAUGUUCUGGGUAUUGGUGACAGACAUUUAUCAAACUUCAUGAUUAAUUUAAAAUCAGGAGGAAUGGUUGGAAUUGAUUUUGGUCAUAAUUUUGGAUCUGCAACACAAUUUUUACCUGUUCCUGAGUUAAUGCCAUUCCGACUAACUAGACAAAUUGUUAAUCUAUGUCUACCAUUACAAGUGAAAGGUUUAUUAGAGUCAACGAUGGUACAUACAUUAAGAGCUUUACGUAAUGAUUAUGAUCUACUUGUUAAUACUAUGGAUGUUUUUGUUAAAGAACCAUCUCUUGAUUGGUUGAAUUUUGCAGAGAAGCAAAUGAAUGAGAAAAUGGGACCAGAUGAUGAUGAAAUAGAUGCCACUUGGUAUCCCAAACAAAAAAUAGAGUAUGCUCAGAGAAAGUUGAAAGGCGACAAUCCUUGUUACAUAACACGUGAUGAACUGACAUUAGGACAUCAAAGGAAUGCAGCUUUUAAAAGUUUUGUUGAUGUUGUAUUGGGUGAUAAAAAGGACAAUGUACGAGCAACACUCCCGAAAACAGGAUUAAGUUGUGAGCAACAGGUUGCAGCACUAAUAGAUCAAGCUACCGAUCCUAAUAUUCUUGGCCGUGUAUGGCAGGGCUGGGAAGCUUGGAUCUAAAAUGGAAAUUACAAUUAUUGUUAAUAAUAUUUUUUUUUUUUACUUGAAAUUAUGCAUACAUGUAUAUUAAUCUUUUAAACUUUUGUUGGUAUUUUCUGUAAUUAUAAAAAGUAAAUAAAUUAUGUCUGUAUAAAUUUCUAAUAUGUUACAUUCAAAUGCUUUGUAAAGUAUAGUGUUAUAACAUAGAUGAUCAGGGUAGUUUAUAUAUGAUACAUUAUUUUCUACACUAAGGAUUUUGUUUAUGGUAUAAAACUACCUUGUGCUAAAGACAACCUUAAAUAUUAGUAUAACUUCUUCUAAUUAAUCAUUUAACAUUAAUUUAUGAUUAAUGUGCUAAUUAAAAUCAGAUGUCAAUUUCAUUUCAUUUUAUGUCCGACAUUGUAUUACAUUGUCACGUGACAUUUCCAUUUAUGUUGGCCUUCAAAUCAGUCAAAUGAUCUGUAGUAAUAUUUCAGGAUGUGUUGUUAUUGGCGAGGGUAAAUGUAGCAAACUUUGAAGUUUAGUUAAAUAAAAUGUAAGUAUAGAUAAAAUGCACUUAGCACACCAUCAGGGCGACCUUCGGUUAUAAUUCUUUUUCGCGAUUAAAUUAAAUUCGGAUUCAGUUAGUUCAACCAUAGUCGAGAAAUCACCGAAGGUCGCCCUGGUUGAAUAUCUGGCUAAUAGCAUCUGGGUUAAAUUACAAUGCAGUGUAAAGGUCAGGAAAAUAAACUGAAAUGAAAUUGUAAUUAAUUUUAAAAAGAUUGUUUAGUGUUAGUUAUUUUGUUAUUGUUAUUUUGUUUGUUUUGUUAGGAUAAUGUUUGCUAGACCAUCUAAUAAUUCUAAAUAAUGACAUAAUGUGUAAUUAGCAGUGAACUGUUGUAUCAUAAAUAUUAUUGUUUGUUAUUUGUGUGCCCAGUCUUUAAUAACUCUGUUUCACUUUAAUUGAGGGAGAAUGUUCAAACUUGUAGCUGUUUAUAAGGUUUCUGAUUAAUCCAGGGAGAAUGUUCAAACGUGUAGCUGUUUAAUGAAUGUUUUGACAUAGUUCAAUAAUGAGCAUUGUUUUCUUCUUAGACUAAGCAGAAAUAAUCUAUUUGAUUGGCUGAGACUUUGGAACUUCAUACAUGGAACUCGACAUGAAAACUCUUGAUUCUUAUUGAAUGAGAGUGAUGAAACUUGGUGCACUGGCAUAUAUUUCAUUACAUCUAUACCUUGACUAAGUUUCGAUAAUGAGCAUUUUCUGCUUAGGUUAAGCAGGGCGAUAAACAAUUUGACUGCUAGUUUUAAAAGAUAAAUGUGCAAGUAGCCUAAUUAAUGAUUGUCAUUUAUUUAUUUUGUGAUUAAGCCUCACAGUUGACUUGUUCUCUUUUAUUAAAAUAUGCCUCAACGUUAAUAUAAAUCAAUGAAUAAUCACCUUAUAUUUCAUCUGAUUUAGCACACCUUUAUUAAUUUAAUACUUUAGCUGCUUGGUAAUGUUAUGACUUUCACAACUAUUUUGUAUUUUAUUCAAGGUGGGAUAUGUGACAUCUCUGUAUUUGGUUAUUAUUAGUUAAAUAAUAAAAAUCUACUCUUACUGCA